GCGUUCCUGUUUCCUGUGGUACAGAAGGUACUCUGUGCGCACGAGGUGGGACAGAAAAGCCUUCCGCGCAACGUGUCACACACACCGGCUUCCCGUCGCUGCAGUGUGCUAACGCUAUAUUCCUCUUUUUGCGAGACAUCCCACAGUCACGCAGCCAAAGCACACGUGCCAACUUCAAAAACAUUAAACAUAUCAGACUAAUGGUCGACGCCCCUCAAGGAAUGCUGCAGUUCGUGGUGCAGAAGUCGAACAACUCCAGCGAGCUCAUGUGGAGCACACGCGUGCUAACGGUUGACGUGGCGAACCACAUCCUGUACCUGAGUCAGCGCCGCAACGUGAGCCAUAUCGAACACCACGUCAUGGUGGCGAUAAAGGAGGUGAAGUGGUGGCCGCACUAUAGCUGGUUCUUUCACUCCAACGCGUACAUCCUAGGAGACAGUGAGCUCACGUUUUGUGUGAAGGGCAGCACGCUUCACAGCGAUACCGCCUCGCCUUUCUCAUACAUUCUUCACCCACGCACUCGCCGCAUCACUGCGCAGGAGCACAGCGCACUGGAGCGAAGUGCUGCCGCGAUGGUGAGGGGUUUUCCUGUCAACAACAUAACCCCGUCAAGUAAAGUGCACUGCUCGGACGUGUGGAUGCUGCGAUGCAUGACGCGAGAGGACAUGGAGCCUUUGCUGGUCGCCUUUCAAAGCGCGGUGAUGAACCCGGGCAGUGUGAAGGGCACCGUUCACGUCGCACCACCCAUCUGCGGUGAGGAGCCGGUGGGGGAGUCGGCGGAGACGGCCAGGCUCAACGCGAGGUAG